CCUCCUUACAGUAACAGCGAAAGCCUGAUAACUGGGAGCCAGGCAGAGACCAAGCCUCUUCACUCAGAUUUCCAAGACUACUCAUGCAAUCUGGAUUAUGGAUUUUUAUGCUCAAGCACCUUCAAUAAAGUGGACAUGUUCAUCGGAGGCAUUACCUAACUCUCCACCUGGACUGGAACAUUUGGCUGGGGUAAAUCAAUUAAUUGUGUGUCAACGAUUUGAUUUGGAAGAAGAGAGAACUAAUCGGUACCUCCAAUACUUUUGUGGAAUUUCAAGGCCUUUCACCAUGAAAAUUUAUGACAAUGUAGGUCAAGAUGUUAUUACUAUACGUAAAGCUCUGAGAUGCAGUUGUUGCUGCAAGAGCUGCUGCCUACAAAAGUUAUUAUCUCUGGAAGAAGAAAUAGUUAUUGGAAGAAUUUCAAAGCCUUGCACCGGUUCUGUGAGAGGAUUGCUAACAAAUGCUGAUAAAUUUAGAAUCCAGUUUCCAAUUAACCUGGAUGUUAAAAGUAAAGCAUUGAUUCUUGGCGCAAGUUUCCUCAUUGACUACAUGUAUUUUGAAAUCUGCCCAUAAGAAUCAUUCUGAAAAACUGCCAGAGAUGACUUGAAUUAGCUGUUGCCAACUUUCAGC